UGUAUCUCUUGUAAAGUAGCCAGUUUUUACUGUGUCCUUUUCUUUUUAAUGCUUCUUCAAUUGUUAUGUCUCUUCUGGCUGUAGAACACAUCUCGAGAAAAUGACCCAUUGGUUUCAUAGGAACCCGUUAAAAGCUACAGCUCCUGUGUCUUUUAACUACUAUGGCAUGAUCACUGGUCCUCCUGCCUCAAAGAUUUGCAAUGACUUGAGAUCAUCCAGGACUCGGCUCCUCGAACUCUUCACUGACCUGAGCUGUAAUCCAGAAGCGAUGAAGAGUGCGGCAGACUUGUAUUUCUCACUUUUACAAGGUUUCAUAAAUUCACUGGGCGACUCUACCCAGGAGAGCAAAUUACGAUACAUUCAGACUUUCAAGUGGACUGAUACAUUACAAGGCCACGUUCCGAGUGCCCAGCAGGAUGCUGUUUUUGAACUGAUUUCCAUGGGAUUUAAUGUCGCAUUAUGGUAUACAAAAUAUGCUUCAAGAUUGGCUGGAAAAGAAAACAUAACAGAAGAUGAAGCCAAGGAGGUCCACCGCAGCCUGAAGAUCGCAGCUGGGAUUUUUAAGCAUUUAAAGGAAAGUCAUAUACCCAAGCUUCUUACACCAGCAGAAAAGGGGCGGGACUUGGAGGCUCGGCUCAUAGAUGCUUACGUCAUCCAGUGCCAGGCGGAGGCUCAAGAAGUAACGAUUGCCCGAGCGAUUGAACUGAAACAUGCUCCUGGACUGAUCGCUGCUCUUGCGUACGAGACGGCCAGCUUCUACCAGAAAGCAGAUCAUACUUUAUCCAGUUUGGAGCCUGUAUACUCGGCCAAAUGGAGAAAAUACCUCCACUUGAAGAUGUGCUUCUACACAGCUUACGCGUAUUGUUACCACGGCCAGACCCUGCUGGCUAGUGAUAAAUGUGGAGAAGCAAUCAGAUCUCUCCAAGAAGCAGAAAAAUUGUACACAGAGGCGGAAGCCCUGUGCAAAGAGUAUGGGGAAACCAAAGGACCAGGACCAACGGCCAAGCCGUCAGGGCACCUGUUCUUUCGGAAGCUUGGAAGCCUUGUGAAGAAUACCCUGGACAAGUGUCAGCGAGAGAAUGGGUUCAUUUACUUUCAAAAAGUUCCUACCGAAGCCCCACAACUGGAACUCAAAGCAAAUUACGGGCUCGUGGAGCCUGUGCCUUUUGAAUUUCCUCCCAUGAGUGCUCACUGGACACCGGAAGCGCUGGCUGCGUUUGAUCUCACCAAGAGACCCAAGGAUGACAGUGUCAAACCCAAACCAGAAGAAGAAGUGAAACCUGUAAAAGAGCCAGAUAUCAAACCUCAAAAGGACACUGGGUGCUCUGUCUCUUAAGAGUGAUGUUCGAAAUCUCUGCUAGUCUGUAGAUUAACUGUGGGACUUCACCUUUUUGAUUUCUCUGAGGCCCAGAGGAUAACUAUUAGCUUCAGAGGGACUUGGCCUUUAGUUUAUUUAUUCUUGAUUUUUAACAUAGAGGUGUUCCGUGCUUUUGCUUCUGGGCUUUGCAUUUUUAAUCAGGACAAUAUUUGGAAGAGUUAUUUUUAUGCCUCUAAUGAGCAUAUGGGGGACUGGACCUUUUUUGAACUCUAGAUAGUAAGUUUCAUGUUAAUGUUUUUUUAUCUUCACAAAAAUGUUUCCUUUCCUUCUUGUUUGAUACCAGAAGAGUGUUUUGAAAAGAGAUGGGUUCACCUCUCCUUACUGACUUGUUAGAUCAGAGUCUAAUGCAGUCUUCUGGUGGGAAAAGAAUUGGACCUAAAAUCAGAAACCUUCAGAGCAAAUUCUUUCCUUACACUUAGUAGAGACUACAAGUUACUAGAAAGUCAAGUGU